AUGGAGACGUUGGGGCAGCAAGUAAACAGCAGCAGCCUUGGCCAAAUGAAUAGGGCUGAUAACGCUUUGGUUAAAGCCAUGGUUCCCAUUCUGGACGGACUAAUCCUGGUGACUGGCCUGGUGGGCCAAACCCUGGUCAUCACCAUUCUAACUGGCAGGAAGAGGAAAGAAAGUCAACCCCUGCAUGGCACAGACACCCUGCUGCUUGCUCUGAGUGCUGCUGACCUGCUGCUGCUGUUAUGCCUGCCUUUCCACACCUCUGCCAUCACCCUGGGCUUCUGGCCUUUUGGCAGCUUCCUGUGCAAGGCCGUCAGCUUCCUGGGUGUGGCCUGCUCAGCUGCUUCAGUCUUUACCCUGGCUGCUCUGGCUGUGACCCGUUACCUGAUCGUGGUACACCCCACCUGGGCAUACCGUUCAAGAAUGCACCAACGCGUAAAGCUAACGGUAGCUCUUCUCUGGGUCCCUGCCUCGGCCUUGGCAGCACCGCAGUUUGCCUUCCGCACAAUUACCGUGUCCAGCUCUGUGUACUGCUUUGCCUUCCUGUCUGACUUCAGCCAGCUGGUCUACAGCAUCGCCCUCUUCCUGUUCGGCUUCGCUCUACCACUGGGCAUUAUUGUAUUGAUGUAUGCCAAGAUCUACUGUUUUCUUCGACACGCACGGCUGCUGGGGAACGCUCCCCAGCUAGAGCGCUACCAGAGCCAGGUCACUCACACUUCAGCUCUCCUGGUUCUGGUCUUCACUCUCCUCUGGCUGCCCUCCUAUGCCCUCAUGUUCUCCUUUAUUGGAGGGACCCUAACAAGCUCACCUGGCUACAAUACCAUUGCCAUCAUUGCCAGACUGCUGGCAUCCUCAGUAGCAGUGGUAAACCCUGUACUGUAUGCAUUUGUGUCUCAGAAGUUUAGACGAGAUUUAGUAGAGCUGGGGCGAGAACGCUGGGCCUGGUGCAAAGGCUGUCUGACUGGUUGCCCUUGUGUGAUGGCCAGUGACAUGGUACAGCCAUUUGAGCUGGACACAACCUCAGAAAGAGGCCAGAACUGA